CCGCCCUGGCCAAACCAGUUCUCGACAAGAGCAAAGGACGUUUCCCAAGUCGAUCUCGAGGCGGAAUGCGCAUCGAGCAUGAGAAUGAAACAUCUAAGUGAGUUAAUCCAUGUGGCUCAGUGAAUGUCAGGCUCUUGGUCCGUGCAGAUGCGGCGGUUUUUGCCUAGGUUUUGACCAGAGCCCGUUUGCCGUACCGAAUCGAAGACAUUUUUCUUAUCAUCAUGGACUGCCAGUUGAGUUUAAUGCCGAGAUAGUGAAUGACGAGUCCCUCGCUUUAAAUAACGAACGAAGGACUGUAUCGAGUGUCUCGUUGAAGAACAAGGACUGAGAAUGCUGGAGAUGAAGUGAGUGAAAUGUGAAUGAACUGUGAAAAAAAAAGGCGAGUGAGGUGAAAUAGAUGACUACGUGAGUGUUCGAACGAAAAGAUGUUCGGUUUUGACUGAUGUCAGGUUUUUAAGACGAAGAAGCUGUUGGUUGUGUGGGAUAAAUGCAGAAUGACGUCAAAACAACCGCAUCAUCAAGACCUUGAGAAGAUUACAGGCAUGAGCGUGUUUGAGGUCCUAGUGGUAGGGGCGUGGUGGUAGGCGUGGGUGGUGGUGGUAGUGGUGUCGUCUUUUCUGAAGGGGGAGGUCGAAGCAGCAUCGCGCGCCCCAGCGUCACUGCUGCUGCUGCUGCUGCUGCUGCUGCUGCUACUGCUGCUACAACUGCUACUGCAACUGCCGCAGCUGCUGCCUCUGCCUCUGCUUCUGCCGCUGCAACUGUCGCCAUGGGGGGCACCACGACUCACCUGAUGAGGAACCGCCUCUUCCUUCUUCCGACCCUCCUCACUGCCCUCCUCUGCUUAACCACGCCGACCUUCGCCAGACUCGUCGGGUCUUGGAUGAACCUGGGUCUCCAAGGAUACGAAGUAUGGCGCAACCCGCAGAUUUACCUCAUAGGAGCCCAGCCCUUGUGCACACAGAUUCCUGGCUUGUCCCCUGGCCAGACCAAGCUGUGCCAGCUCUACCAGGAUCACAUGGGAAGCGUGGGCAGAGGUGCCAAGACAGGCAUCCACGAGUGCCAGUGGCAGUUCAGACACAGACGCUGGAACUGUUCGACUGUCGACGAUUCUACUGUCUUCGGUCCAGUCUUACAGAUACCAAGCCGGGAGGCCGCAUUCGCCCACGCCAUAGCCUCCGCAGGGGUGGUGGACAGCGUCUCGCGCUCCUGCAGGGAUGGGAAGCUCACGACCUGCGGGUGUUCCCGGGCCCGCCGUCCGAGGGACCUCAACAAGGAGUGGAUCUGGGGCGGAUGUGGAGACAACGUGGAAUAUGGAUACAAGUUUACCCAGGGCUUUGUAGACGUGCGCGAGAGAGAGAAAAAUUAUAAGCGAGGAACGAUCAAACAAGGCCGUCAGUUGAUGAAUCUGCAUAAUAAUGAAGCAGGAAGAAGGGCAGUAAUCCGCAAGACAAGAGUCACCUGCAAAUGCCACGGUGUUUCUGGGUCAUGCUCUCUCAUUACCUGCUGGCAGCAAUUAGCACCUUUCAGGGAAGUAGGCGACUUGCUGAAAGAGAAGUACGAUGGUGCUACAGAAGUCAAGAUAAACCGCCGUGGGAAAUUGCAGGUAAAACACCCUCAGUUUAAUGUCCCUACAGCUGAGGAUCUGGUUUACUUGAGUGACUCUCCAGACUACUGCAGACGCAACAAUACUGUAGGGUCUCUGGGAACCGUCGACCGAAUUUGUAAUAAAACAUCCCAAGGAAUGGAUGGAUGCGGGUUGCUGUGCUGUGGUCGAGGCUACAACUCCCAGAAAGUGACCCUCAAAGAGCGAUGUCACUGCAAAUUCCACUGGUGUUGCUUCGUGGAAUGCAAAACUUGUACGAGAGUGGUGGACCUCCACACUUGCAAAUAAUCAUGCUGUUGUCUUCACUUCGGGAAAGUGAGAAACAAAACAAAACAAACAAACAAACAAAAAAACUAUUGCUGUAAAAAUCUAAAAGCUGAGGAAUGAGAAAAUGAAAAUGCUGCUCUGUGCAACUGGCGCUGUGAUAUAGAAAAAAGAAAGUACGAUUCAUUGACCGAAGUUUCAGCUGCUAAAAUUCUGAUCUGGAGAGACAUUGGUGCAACAGCAUGAGA